UUUUUCGUUUGAGAUCUUGGUUAUUUGCAUAUAAGGACAUCCCACUUGAUUAGAUGGGGAUAUCAUUAUAUAGUCCAUCCUCAGACCCUGAUGAUGAGGAUCGUCGCUUCGAAGCUUUUCUUCUAAGCUCAGUCGGUUUUCGGGACAGACGUACGAGGAAUCCAUUGCGAUCAGUUAGUUAUAAUGGCCGUGAUUCAGCUUCCACCAUGAAAAAAUCAUCUAGAUCGAGAAAGAUGGUGUUUGAGGCAUCGCUUAGCUUUAAAGGCAGGGGGUUAGAGACCAUGUUUUCAUUCAGAACUCCUGCAGCAGAGAUGGAAAACAAAGUCUUUCGUAGAUGUAUGAGCUCCAAGACUAAUUAUUCUACAGACCAAUUGCAAAGAUCAGAUAACUUGUCCGAGGAAAAAUACCAAUCACCAUUGUCGCAUCGAAAGAAACUCAAGUGCCAGGCUGCAUUGAAGUUGCAGAAAGUGUACAGGAGUUUCCGAACUAGGAGACAGCUUGCAGAUUGUGCAGUUCUUGUGGAGCAGAGAUGGUGGAAGCUGCUCGAUUUUGCUGAACUGAGGCGGAGCUCUGUUUCAUUUUUUGACAUCGAGAAACCUGAGACUGUGUCUUCACGUUGGCUAAGGGCAAGGACUAGAGCUGCCAAGGUAGGGAAAGGAUUAUCAAAGGCUGAAAAGGCUCGUGAACUUGCUUUACAACAUUGGCUUGAGGCAAUUGAUCCCCGCCAUCGAUAUGGCCAUAAUCUUCAAUUUUAUUAUGUGAAAUGGCUCCAUUGUGAGAGUAAACAGCCCUUCUUCUACUGGCUCGAUAUUGGAGAAGGAAAAGACAUCAAUCUUGAGAGAUGUCCCCGUUCAAAGCUUCAGCGACAGUGCAUCAAAUAUCUUGGUCCAGCAGAAAGGAAGGCUUAUGAAGUUGUGGUGCAGGAAGGGAAAUUUAUCUACAAGCAGAGUGGGAAACUCCUAGACACCACAGGAGGACCCAAAGAUGCGAAGUGGAUCUUUGUCCUUAGCACAUCCAAGAUCUUGUAUGUUGGGUUGAAGAACAAGGGCACAUUUCAACACUCCAGUUUCUUGGCAGGUGGAGCCACAUUGUCUGCUGGAAGAUUGGUCGUGGAAUAUGGCACUCUGAAGGCAGUUUGGCCUCACAGUGGGCAUUAUCAACCAACAGAAGAAAAUUUUCAGGAAUUAAUGUUGUUUCUUAAGGAACACAAUGUAGACCUCACCAGUGUAAAGGUAGAACAUGCUGAAUUUGCUUCUCAUAUUUUUCAUGAAGUUGACAUCUUUGUUAGCCUGAGUUUAAAUUUUUUUACCACGCAAAUUCUGAUGCUCUUCUUUCUUUCUUUACAACAGAAAAGCCCAUGUGAAGAGCAAGAAGAAGUCCCUACCAACAAGACCGACGACUUUUGCCUUCAAAGAAGUCUAACAGAAGCAAAUUUAUAUCAGCAUACUGAACCAAUGAGUGAAUACUUCUUGGCUCAAAAGUGCGUAGAUCCCAGACAUCAGCCUUCUAAUGUUGCUGAAAAUCCAGAACCAUUCAUGUCAAGAUUGCCACGAGAAUUAGGCUCAAAAAUAGUCAGACUUGAAAUACCAAACCGACGCGAUGUAUUUGACAUUCUGGAGAAGGAAUCACUUCAACAAAGUUGCCACACUCACCCUUUAGAAGAUGGUUAUGAGACAGCAAAAGAAUCGUUUUUGUCAGAGGAAGAUUUCAUGGUUCCUAAACUGAACUUGUUUCAUGGAGAUCGAGAAGAAGAUGAACUGCCCAUUCCAAAGGAAAAAAUCAUGCAGAGGAUAGAUUCGCAUAAAGGAAUGAGGUCAUAUCAGUUGGCUCGGCAAUUAUCGAGUAGAUGGGCAACCGGAGUCGGGCCACGGAUUAGUUGCAUGAGAGACUAUCCUUCUGAGCUUCAGUUCCAGGUUUUAGAGCAAGCCAAUUUGUCUCCAAGAUCAGGAAGUGUUAAUGCAUCCCCCCGGGCCUCAACCCACUUGAGCCCAAAGGUUCUAAUUUCAACUUCUUUGUGUAGAGAGACAACUGCAGACAGAUGUUCCCUUGCUCCAUAGCAACUGAUACUGUCUAAAACAGAAACACCAUAGACUAAGUUUAGAUGAAACCACAAUACAAAAAGAAUGAUAGGGUAGAAAUCACGAUAUACGAAUUAUUUUGCCUUCUUCCUGUACAUGUGUUUGAUAGAUUAUGGUGGAAUUAGAAUCGGACUGACAGGGUUUUGCAAGAUAUGCUGCCCUUCAAUCUUAAAGGAGACUCAUUUCAAUUCUUUCAAUUGUCUGUCAUGAUUGAUUUACUGAAAUCACAAAACAGAAGACCAUAAAUCAUAUCACUGAGAUAGAAAGUGUUUCGUCUUUUCUUUUGGGUAAAAAACAAAAAAAAACAAAAAAAAAAAAAACAAAAAUGGUUAGUGUAACAUUUUGCAGAUUACACUACAAAAAAUCCGCCAAAU